AUGAGCCAGAGCAUCGUCAAUGAAGUCCUGGCCAAGAAGCCGAAGCGUCGAGUGGAAUGGGUACAAAAGCGACUAAAAGAAGACUUGGCGAUCACUCAUCGAGAUUCGCUGUACGAGGUACUGGUUCGGAAGGAAGGCCGUGCCUUUGCUGCUGACAUCAGUGGAGCUGACGCAGUGCGAACGUACAAUGCUGUUUUGGCAGCAAUAGAAUUGUUUACUACCAAGCAACAAAGACAUUUGCAGGCGGACACGUUCCUUCUACGCAAAAUUCAUUCGCAAGAACAGGAGAGGCACAAAGCUGCUCAGGCCAAAGCAAAAGCGGCUGUAAAGAAGCCUGCGAAGGACAGACCAUCGCCCUCAGGUUUGCUGCAAAGGCCUACUGCGCAAAAGGAGAGCCCAAAGAUGGCUCAAAGGCCGCAGUCGCCUGAUGAACCACUACCUUCGGCAAGAGAUCCGACGUUUUCGCCGCCUCGCAACUCAGUACCAAAAGAGCGGCCCAGGAGUGCGUCUCCAGAUUGGAUUCCGAGAACGCCACCACAAGAACCCCCGCAGGAGCCAAGAAAGGCCACUGGCAGUUGGACAACAAUCUUUCAAAGUCCUCCGGAGGAUCAAGAAAAACAGGAGAAACUCAGCCCUCCCAGGACUGAAGCUGUUACGCGACAUCAAGGGGCAAAAGAGGAGACGGAGACAAAGGAUAGCAAGCCAGCUAAACGGGACCGAGACAGCAGUUCUUCCACUGAGUAUGAUGCCUUCGCAACAGGGCCAGAGCCCGUAGCACUCCAAUCACCUCCCAGGACGCGUCGGAAGCAGAGCCACGAAAGCCACAAGUCGCGGCGGUCGCGGCAGUCGCGGCAGUCGGAGAGUUCCACUGGAUCUGCAGAUGAGUCUGUUGCCAGGCCAAGUGGACUUGUGGCGCAGUCUGUCAGACCUGGCAGUUCAGGUUCUCCUUCUUUGGAAAGGAAGCCAGCGAUCGACCGAAAGGAAGUUGAGAUUGAAACUAGUCACAACGGCAAUGUGUCAUCAACUGACAAGACCAGGUUGCCGAAUGCUGCAUCUGCCACUUUGCAUGCGCAAGGCGGUGAAGGUCCAGAUCUGCCAGCCAGGACAGAAAAAAGUCCCGAAGUUAACAAGGGAGAGAGUGAUAACCUGCCUCCAGAGUGCAACGGCUCAGGUAGUGACUCAGACUCGGACUCAUCCUCAUCGGCAGAUGAUGGCAAGAUUGAGCCAGCAGGUGCUGUUCCCGAGGAGCAGAAGGAUUUAGAUGAAGGUUCAGACUCAGAUGACUCUGAGAGCUCAGAACACGAAGAGCAGGAAGAUCCACGGGCGCCUGAAGUGCCUGAGGUGCCGCCUGAGGUGCCUGAGGUGCCUGAGGUGCCUGAGGUGCAGUCCAUACCUGAUGGGAUGACUACUGAAGCUGCUCCAGAUCCUAUUGGAAAGACGCCCCUUCCUCGACGGCCGCCACCUCCCCCUCCUCCUCCCGCUCGUCGACGCAUGGCCGAAGCUGAUGCCUUCCCACGUUGGAGAUACAUCGCGCCAGAUGGGCAGGAACGCCUUGCAAUUCGCUCCUCACCUGGAGUCGACGCUCCAACGACAGGCGGCUCACUGGGCUCUGGCGAGGUCUUUGCUGUAAAGGAGGAGAGCCCCGGUGCCAAUGGAGUCCUCUUCUUGAGGUUGGCAGAUGGACGUGGCUGGGUGUUUGAUCGCAGGAGCGGUCUUGCAAGGCGGAGGAGAACCCGACCACUCUGCGUGCCAUACCAGGUUCCGCUCGUUGACGAAGAAGACCUGGGCAAGGCCAAGAGGUCCAGACCCAAAGCAGUUGGACUUCCCAAGGCAAAGAGGAGACGAAGACGCCAAGCAGUGAUCGAUCCGUACAUGGUGACAGCGGACAUUAUACAGGUUGAUUCCGAUGAAGAUGCACGCUUAGCUAAUCCAGCUGCUAAAGCUUCUGAAUCAGACAACACUGGAAACCCUCCGAGGGAAGCAAAGGAGAACCUUCGUCUUCAGCUUGAAAAGAAGCAAAGAGAGGUUCAGGCUCUUCGAGCAAAACUUUCGCAGCUAGAUGCCCAAAAGGAACCGUCCAGAUCACAGAGGCUUGCUUCCGCGGAUCCAAAGCAGGUCCAAGGAGCAGGACGCUGGCACAAAGCCGAGGCAACGGACCAGAUGCUAGAUGAGAAGCGCCGUGAACUACAGGCGAUGCUGGCGAAGAAGAGGGCAAUGAGCGCAGCAAGGCUUCAAAAGACAGCCCCGCGAUAUGUGGACUGA